AUGGGCCCCUCCCUGUCACCAUUAUACCAUCAAGCUUAUGGAUCACCGUUCAAACCUAAGCUUCAGGACGAGCUCUUUUUGUUUUUCCCUGAGAAUAAUCGAUGGCAGGACGAAGGUCGCUCUGAUCACAGGGACGAUGACAGGAACAAGAAGCUGCAGAUGCGUAAAGGUGGUAUUCUAAAGAAUACCAAUAUCAUCAAAGGCCAGUGGACACCAGAAGAGGACAGAAUGUUGGUGCAAUUGGUGGAGCGAUUUGGGAUGAAAAAAUGGUCACAAGUUGCAAAGGCUUUGAAUGGAAGGGUGGGAAAGCAGUGUAGGGAGAGGUGGCACAACCAUCUGCGUCCGGACAUUAGGAAGGAGGCAUGGACGGAGGAAGAAGACAUGAUCCUGAUCGAAGCCCACAGGGAAGUAGGAAACAAGUGGGCAGAAAUCGCUCGCAGGCUUCCGGGAAGAACAGAGAACACCAUCAAGAACCACUGGAACGCCACGAAGCGUCGCCAGAACGCCAAGAAACACAGAAACAAGGGAUCCACAUCGAGGCCUUCACUUCUUCAGGAAUACAUCAAGCAAGUCACUUCAGGCCAAGGAACCUCAAAGCAGCCGAAGAUCAAACAAGAACAAGCCGACGAGGAGGAGGAGGAGUUCGUUUACUAUAACAACAAUCAUCAUAUGAACAACGUUAUAGUUCGCUACGAGAGCGCCUCGGACGAUGACGACACCAGCUCUGGAGAAUGGGAGGUGGAGAUGUAUGAGGCGGAGGAGGGAGACGCCGGCGGCGAUGAGGAUGAUCAGGAAGAGGAAGAGAAGACGGCGUAUGAGAACAGUAAGGAUAAUGCGGCGGAGAUGAACGUGUUUGUGCGAGAGGAGGGCAUGAAGAAAGAGAUGGAUCUGAUGGAGAUGAUCUGUGGUCCCAGCAAGUACUAA